GGGAAACUGAUUUCCACGUUUUUCAUGUGUACAUAUCUAGUCCUUACAUUGAUCGGGGGUUACUUUCCUCCAAUCAAACUUCAAGCAUCUUGAGAGACGCCUCACGAUGAAUCCCAGUCAGAGUGGUAUAAUUGUUUUUUCACUUAACUCUAACAAAGACUUGUCUGAGAAAAUCGCCAGGAAAUUGGGAAUUGAGUUGGCCGCGUGCAGUGUUGGGAAAUUUCAGAAUCAAGAAACUUCUGUUAAGAUAGGAAUCUCAGUUCGUGGUAAAGAUGUGUACAUUAUACAGUCAGGAUUGGGUGAGAGUCUUGAUGUUAAUGAUGCAUUGAUGGAGCUGUUUAUUGUUGCAUAUGCCUGUAGGACUGCUUGUGCAAAGCGUAUCAUUGGAGUCAUUCCAUACCUGCCAUAUUCCAAGCAGGCAAAAAUGAACAAACGAGGGUCAAUUCCUUCUAAACUGGUGGCUUCUCUUAUGUGCAGAGCAGGACUCACAAACAUCAUCACAGUUGAUCUUCAUGCUAAGGAGAUUCAGGGGUUUUAUGAUGCUCCAGUUGACAAUUUGAGGGCUUCACCAUUUCUAGUUCAAUAUAUCACAGAAAAGGUUGCUGACUACAGAAAUGCAGUUAUAAUUGCAAGGAAUCCAGGGUCAGCCAUCAGGGCCACCUCUUUUGCUGAGCGUUUACGACUUGGAUUGGCUGUGAUUCAUGGUGAACAAAAGGAGAUGGAAAGUGAGCAACUUGAUGGUCGUCAGUCUCCACCUCCUACGUUAGCUGAGGGACGUCGUUUUGCAUCUGUUAGUAUUGACAGCAUGUCUCUACCAGGAUUUCUUCCCAAAGCUAAACCUCCAAUUAACGUUGUGGGUGAUGUAGGAGGCAAGAUUGCCAUCAUUGUGGAUGAUAUGAUAGACGAAGCAGAGUCAUUUGUAAAUGCCGCCAAGCUCCUGAAGGAUCGUGGGGCAUAUAAGAUUUUAGUGAUGGUCACUCAUGGCCUGUUGUCAGCGGAUGCGCCAGAACUGAUUGAGGAUUCCGCGAUCGAUGAGGUUGUCAUCACAAACACAGUAUCUCAUGAUACGAAGAUGACUCGCUGUAGUAAAAUCAGAACGGUGGAUAUCAGCUCACUUUUGGCCGAAGCCAUCCGUAGAAUUCACAAUGGCGAGUCAAUGGGAUAUCUGUUUAGAAAUGUUCCUUUGGAGGAUUAGCCGAGCUGGCGCGUUGAACUGAGUCUGAAGUAAAGUUAGUUUUGGAAGACUUUCGUGGAAAUUUCAGACAGAACUUACUAUGAGAAAAUAUCUCGAGUGCGUUUAGCAAACUAACAGCUUCACAUUUAUUUAGUUGUGUGGUAAAGUGUAGUGGUCAUGAUAUUAAGCACCUGAAUUAAUGGGCUACUGGGCCACAAACACGAACAACCACCAACGCCUUUCUAGAUAUGAAUACGCCUCUAACGAAAUGCCUGUGUGCAGACCGGGAGGACUGGAUCGUGGAGACGAAGUCGAGGCUUAUUGGUAAAUAUCCCAGGAGAACAUUAUAAAGCCCUGUUCAAACUGUCAUGAUAGAGCACGAUAGUUGGUGUUCAAACGCGCGUGAUAGUUAAAACUAUCAUCAACUAUCAUGACGGUUUGAACGGGGCUUAAAUGGACAAAUUCUUCUUGUUUAGGCCGUUUUUCCCCAAGACCUAUCGAACAACAGUGAAUAGAAAAGCCAAAUCGAGUAAGGUUAGCCGCGAAAGAGAACUUUAUUUCUCCUGUUUUUGAUUGUUAUUUUGAGUGGAAAGUUGACAAGUAAGUAUCAUUUUUGGAAAAAAAUGGCGGAAUCUCGACCUCACUGUUUCUUGGAUCGGUAAUAACUAUCAGCACUUUUUGCACCUCGAUUUCAUUGGACAAAUGUUGAUGGACUUUUCUAGUAAGAACUGUAAAUAAAGACGGGCAAAGUUGAGUUCAAAGAAACAAUAUGAGAAACGAGUUUUAAUGUUUCUGUAUAAUGGGAGCCGCUAAAUGUGUGUGAGGAAAGCCACUUGUCGUUUGUCUGUAAAAGAAAAAGUAAAGUACAGGUGUUACAUCA